AUACCACACAAUAUGCCGGACACCCAGAAUAAUACUAGUUGGUUUGAAGCAGUGUUUUCAGAUAUCACUGUCACCCACAAUACUAGUUCAAAUGAAAUCGUUUUUACAGAUAUAAUGGCGUAUGGGUUAGAGCUGAACUACCUAUCCUCACCGUAUACUAAUAUAGUGACCAGUUAUGUCGCUCCAGUGCUGAUCUUUAUCACCAUAGUAACGAACACUUUGGUUGUCAUUGUGUUACUGAAGAAACACAUGCGUUCUCCAACCAACGUCUAUUUAGUGGGUAUAGCCUUCUCUGAUAUGUUUACAGGGUUCCCUGUCCUAGCUGCAUGGCUAUAUUUCUCUGCUAUGGGGAAUGACAGAGAAUAUGUUCCUUACGACUGGUGUUUUGCAUACCGGAUAACGACUUAUUUGAUCCCGCUGAUAUUCCACACCGCGUCGAUCUGGAUCACUAUGGCGCUUACAAUACAACGGUAUAUCUACGUCAGUCAUGGUUUGAAGGCCCGGAGGUGGCCGUGUACAAACAUCAGAGUGAUUUACUGCAUCCUCACAAUAUAUGUCAUCUCCAUUCUGAGUCAUCUGUCAGAAUUUAUAUCUUCCACUUUUAAACCCAUUGAAGUGACAUCACGCGUUGAUCCAAACCAGACAGUAAUCACAUGCUUUGAAGUGUUCAAUACUUGGGUUGCGGAUGGCGUUGACCUCUACUUUACCAUAUAUUUCUGGUUUAGGGUUAUCUGUAUAAACCUUAUCCCGAGCAUAGUUCUUGUGGUUCUCAACGUUUUGCUCAUCUGCACUUUGCGUUCUGCGGAACGUCGCCGGAUGUUGUUGUUGAAGCGAAAUGAAAGACGUUUGAGUAUGAAACUGAAAGAGAGCAAUUCAACAACAAGCAUGCUUGUGGUUGUGGUGAGCUUGUUUUUGUUGGUUGAAUUACCUGCUGGAAUGUUUACCUUCUUUGUGCUGAUAGAGAAUACAUUUGAAAUUGACAUUAUUGCAAAAGGAUCAUUCAGCAUCAUCACCACGACAUUAAACACUCUCAUUUUGUUGUCUUUUCCCUUAAAUAUAUGUAUUUAUUGUGGAAUGUCAAGGCAGUUCCGAACAACAUUUAAACAGCUAUUCUCAGGUCACUGCUUUACUAUCAACUGAAAUUCCACCGUUGUGUCGUCAUAUUUGAUUGGAUUCUAACAGAUUUCGGAGCAUUUAACCUCCUAGAACUCAAACCUGUGACAACCUAAAAGGAUAAUUGGUUCAUUUCCAAGAUAAUUCAAACCACAGCCAAGUUGUUAAAAAUGGGACUAGGCUUAACAUUUGUUUAACAAUUUUAAAAUUUUCAUCACUCCAUGUACAAUUAACUUGAUAUUUUAACGAAUCUCUAUAGCUUGAUGUAGUCUCUGUCUUCCUCUGCCUGUUCCCCUUAACUUUGGCUACAAUUUCUAUAUAAUAUGGUCCAGUUGUUCAUAAAAUAAUUAGUGAAAAUCUCUUUUCCCCUAUACUUCAAGACGUCCAUGUAUCUUACUUAAUUAACUUGAUUUGCAUGAUAAUUGUAGUAAAAUAAGUAAAGUUUAUAUUUACAUCUAUAGCUCAAGUGGGAGCACCUAUGUUUAUUUCCGAAUUACCAGUCUAUUGUGUGAUCUAGUUACCCGCGUAUGGAUAUUUGUAAAUAUUACAGGACUUCAUUCAACAAACAAUUGUUUACUAACAACGCUGAUUGAUAAUUCUCUGUCCAAAACCUACCCGUGUAACGCAUUUGUAAGCCUAACGCUGAUUAGCCAGUUUUAAUAGCAAAUAAUCAAUCGGGGUUCAGAUAACAAAUGUGUUUCACGAUUUCACACAAAAUUCUCAAUCAAGGCGCCUGUACAAAAGAUUAUCGGCGCUUGUAACUUUGCCUGAGUAUAGGAAGUCCUGUUCGCGGGAUGUGAGACAUGGUUCCAUAUGAUCUGAUCUUUGGUUCAAACAGGUACAACAUCCUCAAAACACCUGAGUGUCACAGGGGUUUGUACAUAUUGUGUUGUGUCAAAUUACUAAACUUACUCAGUCUGUUAAAUACUCCAUAUAUUGUAGUUCCUUCCGUAUCUAAAUAUAGGGGAGAUAAUCGCUGUACAGUCGAAUCUGA